AUGGUCGCUGAGCCAGAGGCGGGCGUCUCGGGGUCCACCCCAACUCCGGCUCCGACCACUGCAGCAGCCGCAGGCAGAGCUCCCGUUGCGACGUCUGCCAUCAAGCAAGAACGCGACAGAAGGCGACAUCAACUGCGUACGGUCAAUGCUUCGCUAUGGGGAGCGCCAGCCCGUCAAGAGGCUCCAAACUUGGACUCCAACUUGAAGAAGAACACCGCCUUCAUCAAGCGACUCAGAGCUCCUGGGCUGGUAGCUGAUGCGAAGGAGGGACUGCUCAAAGACCUCACCAGCCUCAAGGUGGAGAAGUACGUUGAAGAGAUCGUGCAGGCUAUUCCAGAGGGGCUGGGUAGAAGCAGCAAGGAGAAGGAUGUGGCUGCGGCUAGCGAGGUGAGUUGUGUUCCAGCAGGAUCCGCGUCAGGUAGGGUAGCUGCGCUGACAGCUUUGAGCAUACUGGGCAGAUCGUGUCAGCUCUUCACACUCGCUUCGCCCCAGAUGCUUUCGCGCUACCCCUAUCAGCAUUGCUUGCUUCACAACUUGCUCCCCCGAACAAGACGGCUUUGGCCGCUCAGCUACCCGAAGCGCGAGAGCGCGACGAGAGCUCUCGUCUUGCGCGUCAAAAGGUCCUUCUGCGCGCCGCUGCCGAGCUGUCGCUGGUGCAAGUCUUGCGAGGUAGCUCGAGCACGGAUACAAGCGAUGCUGGGAUGAUUUGGCUGUUUGGAGUUGUCAAAGAGCUGGUGCGUGCAUGAGCGGGACUGGAUAGAGAGCCCCAGCUGGCUCUCACACCCCUGCAUUCUCAGUUCUCCACAGACAGAGAGCAUGCCAAUGUGCCGCUCGCCAUUUCGCUCCUGAAGGGAAUUGGAUCGACCUUGAUCGGAACGGCCGCACCGAGUAGCUCCGGCACAGUCCCGGAUACAGCAGAGCCGUUCGCAGCAUCAGGCGGUACUGACGCAGCAUCGAGUACAGAGACGGAGACGCAGCUGCUAAGCCCGGAGUGGCGAGAGCGCUUCCGCAAGUUAUUCGAAACCUACUUUGCCACGCUUGUCAAACACAUAGCCAAGGAUCACGCCGUAAGCGUUGCUGCGCUCCGGAUUGCAGAAGUCCUUCGCUGACGCUUCACGCACGCUCAUGUUUUUGCAGCGCUUGCAAGAGCAAGACAAACGGAAUCAUGAGGCGUACAUUCGGUCAGGAGAGAUCUUCGAGGAUCGGCAACAGAAUUACGAGCGCAUGACCAAGUCAUUCGAGAAGCUCUAUGAGCUGGGCAAGAGGUUCGUCGCUAUCUGUCGGGGAGAUACUAUUCUCCUGACUCGCAAACUGACUGCGCCUUCACUUUACCUUUCGCAGUUUAGCAGAUUUGCUGGAUGUUCCAAUUCCUGCAUUAUCAGACUCUUCCACUGGCACAGGCAUCGGGCUAGCCAUCAACCUCGAUGCUCGCACGGCGCCUGGAGACCAAAGAGAGGACACAGAUGCAACCGGAAAGAGCCCCUGGGAAGACGAAGACUCUCGUCGUUUUUACGAGGAAACGAUUGAUCUACUCGAAAUGGUGCCCGUGAGCUUGUUGGGAAAGCCUGCUGGUAGGACUUCGCAGUGGACCGACGCGACAGAAGACAAGGCUGAGGGUCAGGGUCACGACAAGGCCGUCGCAGGAAUUAAAGAAGACAAGGCAGCUGGCGUGGGCGAGGACCCUGCUAUGUCCAAGCAGCACAGUCCGGCAACCAGCCCAGUAGCAGAAGCGUCAGAUGCAGCGCUCUCGCCUGUGCUCAGCUCAUCAGCUCUAUCGGAUGCGAUAGCCCCCCUCGAAGCUGAUAACGCGGAUCGGCCAAUCAAUUCUAAGGAUCAACAAGCGCCCGACGAAGCACUCUCCUCUGGACCUGCUGCUCAGCUCGCGGCCAUCUUGGCCAGAUUGCCAGAGAUGACUAAUAGAACGAUGAUCGAUUCGGCCGCGGUCGAGUUCGCAUUCGUAAAUUCGAAGGGAGCUAGGAAGCGCCUUAUCAAGCAGCUCUGCACCAUACCGAAGAAUCGACACGACCUCAUCCCUUACUACUCCAGGCUCAUCGCUACACUCGAUCCAUAUAUGUCGGAUGUAGCAGAGGGUGUUGUUGCGGUGGUGAGUUGCUGCCACGGGCGUUAGCUUGAUACCACAUCACGACCUCACGAUCGAUUUUCUUGACAGCUCAACGAUGAAUUCAGAUACUGCCAGAAGAAACGCAACAUCGAUCUGCGAGACUUACGAGCCAAGGUCAGUAUUCCUGCGCCGUAAGCCACCGGUCAGAGUUUUCGGCAAAGCUUCUUGAGGCUCACUGCUCCCACUCAAUUCCCAGAACAUGACCUACAUAGGGGAACUCACCAAGUUCAAGAUCGCACCCAUCCACACUAUCUUUUAUUGUCUCCGAGUCUGUCUCGAGGACUUUUCGGGGUACAACAUCCAGAACAUCGCCACCUUUCUGGAGACUUGCGGCCGCUUUCUACUGCGCACACCUCAGACUUCACAAAGAAUGCAGAGCAUGAUGGAGCUUUUGCGGCGCAAGCGUGCUGCCACAAACCUCAACCACCAGCAGGUCAUGCUCCUGGAUAACGCAUACUUUCAAAGCAACCCACCAGACAGGAGUGCUGUCGUGCAAAAGGAGCGCGCGCCGAUGGAGCUCUUCGUACGACACCUCAUAUACGACAUGCUCACCAAAAAGACCCUAGACAAAGUACUGAAGUUGUUGCGAAAGCUGCACUGGGAGAAUGCGCAAGUCGUUCAGUGGAUCCACGAGUGCUUCACUCGCGCUUGGCGCAUCAAGUAUUCGAACCUUCACCUGCUAGCCAUAUUGGUGCACGACCUUCAGCCCUACCAUCCCGACUUUGCCGUUCAUGUCGUGGACACUGUCUGUGAGCAGCUUCGUGUAGGAAUGGAGACGAACAUCUUCAAGCUCAACCAGCGCCGAGUCACCACCAUCGCCUAUCUGGGAGAAAUGUACAACUAUCGACUCGUCAGCUCCGAUCUCAUUUUCGACCACCUUUGGUCCAUGACAACUUUCGGACAUCCCGGCGGACAUGCGCUCCCAGGACAGGUGUGCCGCAUCGAUGCCCCCGACGACUACUUCCGUAUCCGCCUGAUAUGCGCACUUCUUGAUACAUGCGGUCACUGCUUCGAUCGAGGCAGCCUCAAACGACGAUUGGACGAUUUCUUGGUAUAUUUCAAUGUGUACGUUCUCAGCAAAGAGAGACCACUACCUAUGGAUAUCGACUUCAUGCUUCAAGACACUCUGGAAGUUCUUCGACCAACAUUUGUGCUCAAGACAUCGUACGAGGAAGCUGUACAGGCCGCCGAUCAAAUGUUCGCCGCACAGCAGCGCGCGCCGCCAGCUCAAGCUCAGGAUCAAAGCGUGGUCGAUGCGACAACGCAGCAAGCUGGUCAAGCUGGCUUACAGGCAGAAGCCGAAGAGCCUGAAAGCUCAGAUGAUGAGGCCGAUACCGCAAGCCCACACUCCACCGCCGCUCGGCUCCAUGACGAGUCCGGGUCCGAGCAUUCUUUAGCACAUGCUGAUGCAGACGAGACAAUCGACGCGGCUGACGAGGGCGCAGCGGGUGAGGAAGCAGACGAUGUUGGCCGUGGGGACUCUACCGAAGCGACGGCGGAGCAAGAGGCCGAAGAAGAGCUAGAAAGAGAGCUUGCAAAGAUGAUGGCGGAAGGCCCAGGUUUGUCAGCCACGGGCGCCCCGCGAUCUGCACAGCGAAAUAUGCUGGACGAUUCCCUUCCCUUCCUCCGCCGUCCUCAACAGACUGCUGGCGGCUUGGGCAAGUCUGAGUCAGAGCAGGCGUCCAGUAGAGCUUCAGACACAACAAACGGUACCCAUAUGCGAUUCUCACUCUUGUCUCGAAAGGGCAAUAAGCAGCAGGUGAGUGGUGGGAGAGCAUCAACUCGUCUUCAAAACGCGCUGACACGAGCUUUGUCCACCCUACGUUGAUUGAAGACUCGCAACCUCGAUGUGCCUGCAGACUCGGCAAUCGCCAUCGCGACCCGAGCCAAGCAGCUUCAGGAGCAAGCAGAGAGGCAGCACCUCAAGCAUCUGGUCUUGCGCUACGAAGUGAUGCAGGACGCAGCGGAGAGAAAGGGUACGUGCCUGACAUCUGAGCCAGGCUUUCUUCCGUGAUGGUCCACUGAUGCCGUCAUCGCUCUUAUCGUUCGACAGCUCUUGCCGACGAAAUGGGCAAUCGGGGCAUCAAGCUGACCUACGUCGACAAAGGGUAA